GCGGAGUACAAGGGCUUUGCCUCGUACGUGAUCUCGUGCAUCUUCCUGUUUACCUGGAUCUGCUGGUCCUUCAUGCCCGACCGUGUCUUGAACAAGAUGGGCGUCUACUACUACCCGUCGCGGUGGUGGGCCUUGGCCAUCCCUUCCUACGUCAUCGUCUUGAUGAUGUACAUGUACGUCGGCAUCGCCUGCUACGACGUGGAGUACUUGACGUUGCCGCUCGACGACAACAGAAACGUUGUCGACGACUCCGGCAUCGUCGUCACCCAGUUGGAAAACUUCCGGGCCAAGGACAUCGACAAGUACGCUUACAGCGGCACAAGCGGCGUCUGGGACCUACCCAUCUCGACCGUCAACCAGAUCCUCUACUCC